GAGCUGACUGCUGGCUUUUCCAUAGUGGUGACUCAAUUGGGGACGUCGGGAGGCCGCUUCAGAGACUAAACCAUGGAGGAAAUGGAAGUGGACCUUGCUGUGCCUUCGUUUUCCUCAGCAAAAUUGUUAGGAUUGAAGGAAUUGGUCGGCCACGAUGAUCUUACAGCUCUUGCAAAUGCCGAGUUCUCUGCUGAUUUCGCCAGAUGUAUAACGACCCUUUGUCAGGAGUUGAAAACAUUGUGCAACCUCCAAGAAGCGGUACCUCAGCUCGGAGAGGGAGAUGAUGGCAAUUUUACAUUCCUUCUAGAGCUUAGCUCAUUCUUGGGAGAAUUAGAUUGUCCACACGAGGAAAUCACUUGCGGUUCGUUGGAGGAGAGAUUGUGCACUCCAGCAAAGAGGAAAUUGCUUGUCAAUUUCCUUUUCAACGAGAUCAAAGCUGCUCGUUUGUUCGCAAAAAAUGCAUUGACUCAGCCCGUUGCUGAAGGCGGAGACAAAGAAUUGACUCCAUUUCUGACUUCAGCGCUCAAAGCUGUCAAUGCUCCGAAACCUGCUGGUAAUGUGCCACCGGUGGAAAUGAUUUCACUUUUGCACAAAGCGGCUGACGCAAGACUACAAAGUUGCGCAGAACGCCCGACCCCGAUUUUUACUGCGAAACUAGACGCCAGACAAUGGAGGAAAGUAGAUAAGCUGGUCAGUGACACUGCACAAAAUUGUCGUUCUCGAUGUCUUGUGCUGUUGAAACGAAUCGAUGUUACGGUGAACUCGUUUUUAUGGAGUGACAGACUCAAGUCUCGUGAGAAGGAAAUUCGAGACCUUUUUGCUAAACGAAGAGAAGCCAUGUCGCAUGUGACACCACCAGAUUUAGCGUGUCUCUUAGCUGCUAGUCAUGAUUUACUUAGAAUUGAACAAACAAGUAGCGCUAGACUCAGAAAGAAUACGCGUUCCAUGCCGAAUCCGCUCGCACUUGCACCAAGGCCUGCUGACCGUGGUGGACGUACAAACGAAAUGGUGGGAGACAUAGCAAGAGAGCAAGCAUCUGCGCAAAGGGGCCGCGGUCGUGGUGGAGGUGGAGGUGGUUUCAGAGGACAAUCAGCUCCGCAGCAAACUCGUCACUUCAAUCAGCAAGAGAUGCAACGAGGGCAGCCGUAUUUUGCGCAACAGGAUAUGUAUGCAGGAAUAUCACGAGAGCAGAUGACGCAGCAAGAGUACCGAGGAUCUGCUUAUGACAAUCCACGAGACCGUGGGAGAGGGUAUGGCCAUCGAGGAGGAGGCCGUGGUCGUGGAGGUCGCGGAGGUGGUGGUCGCGAUUACUAUGGUCACGAUAACAGAUACUGAUCAGUGCUGUUUAUCUGUGUAAUAAUACACUGCUGGUGUUGAUACUUUUGAUUGCACUAAAAGUGCAUCACCUGUGACAC